AUUGGGAUUUUGUCGGAUGUUGGAGGGUGAAUUUAAUGCAGUGGCGUAUCCCGGUGGUUGCCUAGUAACGCGCUGGCAGCGGGCGCCGUACAGAUCUCUAUGGUGGGCCCACCAUUAAAACCGUUGGCGCUCCUGACCUUGGCGUCGUGAAUGCGCAAAGCGCACACGAGCUGUGCAAAGCAGCAGAUAAGAUAAGUGUAGUGAAAUAUUCCUGCGUUUUGCCGUCAUACGGUGGAGCUGACGGACAUGGUAUGGAGAAAAGCUGGGGAUGGAGCGCGCAUAAAAACAGAUCUUGUUGCACUGCGAUGAAAAGUGGAAGUGGGGACUGUCCAUAUCUGACUGAGGUGUAUUUACGUUUGAUGAGAGGCGCCGUUAGUGAUGUCUGUUUGACAGGAGCCGGACUGAGGCACUGAGCAGACACUACAGUGUGCAUUCGUGUUGUACAGGGGCACCGACUGGCCCAGACCAUGUGGCUGGCUACAUUCAGAGACCACCUGUCGCCUGCACACCUGCUUCAUCAGCAAGGGACUGUCACCAUCACCCACUGUGCACUGCUUUGGUGGAUACUGUGCUCGUGCUGGUCAUUCACCAAGGCAACAAGCCAGAAAUUCUACCCAACAGUGACCACCCAGUUUGGAAAACUGAGAGGCCUCAGGGUCCCAGUACCCAGUGAGGUGCUGAGGCCCGUCGAUCAGUAUCUCGGAGUUCCCUACGCCGCCCCACCAGUGGGCGAGAAGCGAUUCAUGCCCCCGGAGCAGCCUUCCUCUUGGUCAGGAAUCAAGAAUGCUACCCACUUCAUGCCUGUGUGUCCUCAGAACAUCCACAACACCGCUCCAGAGAUCAUGAUGCCCAUUUGGUUCACCUACAACCUGGACACAGUCGCCACAUACAUUCAGGAUCAAAGCGAGGACUGUUUGUAUCUAAACAUCUACGCUCCAACAGAGGACGGGACUCUGCACAAGAAAAAGGGGGCGGCUUUCUCACACGCUGACAUUCAUAUUUCUGAAGAUAUAAGGGAUUCUGAAGCUCGGCCUGUGAUGGUCUACAUCCAUGGAGGCUCCUACAUGGAGGGCACUGGCAACAUGAUGGACGGCAGCGUGCUAGCCAGUUAUGGGAAUGUCGUCGUUGUCACGCUCAACUACAGAGUUGGCAUAUUAGGCUUCCUCAGCACUGGUGACCAGGCAGCAAAAGGAAACUACGGACUCCUGGACCAAAUUCAAGCUCUUCGCUGGAUAAGUAAGAACAUUGGUUACUUCGGUGGUGACCCGGGUCGCAUUACGGUCUUUGGCUCUGGAAUCGGUGCCUCCUGCGUCAGUCUGCUGACACUGUCGCACCAUUCUGAGGGUUUGUUCCACAGAGCAAUCAUCCAAAGUGGCUCAGCUUUAUCCAGCUGGGCUGUUAACUACCAGCCAGUCAAGUACACUCGCAUGCUGGCUGAGAGGGUUGGCUGCAAUGUGUUGGACACCGUGGACAUGGUCUCCUGCCUGCAGAAGAAGACUGCUAAGGAGCUGGUGGAGCAAGAUAUCCAGCCCGCCCGAUACCGUGUGGCUUUUGGCCCUGUCAUUGACGGAGAUGUCAUCCCAGACGACCCGGAAAUUCUGAUGGAGCAGGGCGAGUUUCUUAACUAUGACAUAAUGCUUGGUGUUAACCAGGGGGAGGGACUUCGCUUUGUGGAGAACGUGAUGGACCUAGAAGAUGGUGUCUCAGGCAGCGAUUUUGACUUUGCUGUGUCAGACUUUGUGGACAGUUUGUAUGGUUAUCCAGAGGGGAAGGACACGCUGAGGGAGACAAUUAAAUUCAUGUACACAGAUUGGGCUGACAAAGACAACCCAGAGACCAGGAGGAAGACCCUGGUGGCCCUGUUCACUGACCACCAAUGGGUGGAGCCCUCAGUGGUGACUGCUGACCUCCAUGCCCGCUAUGGCUCACCAACGUACUUCUACGCUUUCUACCACCACUGUCAGAGCCUGAUGAAGCCUGUGUGGUCUGACUCAGCGCAUGGAGAUGAGGUGCCUUACGUGUUUGGCAUCCCCAUGGUGGGCCCAACUGACCUCUUCCCCUGUAACUUCUCCAGGAAUGACAUCAUGCUCAGUGCUGUGGUUAUGACUUACUGGACCAACUUUGCCAAGAGUGGUGAUCCAAACAAGCCAGUGCCACAAGACACCAAAUUCAUCCAUACCAAAGCCAACCGCUUUGAGGAGGUGGCCUGGUCUAAGUACGAUCCCUUUGACCAGCUCUACUUACAUAUUGGUCUGAAGCCUCGCAUACGUGAUCACUACCGUGCCACCAAGGUGGCCUUCUGGAAACAUCUGGUCCCUCAUCUUUACAACCUCCACGACAUGUUCCAUUACUCGUCCACCACAACCAAAGUCACCCCCCUUGAUCCCACCCAGUCUAAUGGAAAAAGGUCCUCCAGCACAGGCCGACCUUCACUCACUGCUCACAGCGACGGGGAAGGUGGUCGUGAAAUGGGUCCUCUGAUCAUGCCAAACCCGAGAGAUUACUCCACAGAGCUCAGCGUCACCAUCGCCGUAGGGGCGUCACUACUCUUCCUCAAUGUGUUGGCCUUUGCUGCGCUCUACUACCGCAAGGACAAGCGUAGUCGGCAGGACACAUCACAGCAGCCCAGUCCCCAGCGUGACAGCAAAGGCAACAAUGUGGGCCAUGCCACCACUGUAGACGAGACUCUGUCAACCCAGCAAAGGAACCAGUGUGACACCAUGCACAACCCUCUGCACGUUUCUCCAAGUCUGGACUACUCACUCAGCCAGCGGCGCUCCCCUGAUGAUAUCCCAUUGAUGACGCCCAACAACAUCACCAUGAUCCCCAAUUCCCUGAUGGGCCUCUCCAACAUGAGCCCCUACAGUACCUUCCCUGCUGGUUACAGCUCUGCAGGCCUGCCCAGCACCCACUCCACCACACGGGUAUAGCCUGGCCAUGGAGCGCCAAACUGAGACAUACAUAAAACAUGGAAAUGUAAAGCUGUAUUUAGAAUGUGUAGGUAAAAUAUAUUUAUUCUGUCUUUUACAGAGGUGAACACCCGCCAACAUUCUGCCUAUGCUUUCAUGAUAGGAAGUCUGCCUGCAGAGUCAUUUUCUAAUACUCAUUUUCAAAGGCAGUCAGAAAGAAAAAGUGCAUUUUCAUUUUUCAGUCAGGCUUUUUUGGAACUUUACCUAGGAAGAACUUAGUCUAAUGUUUAUACAGUUGGAUUUGUAUGGGAAGCCUUUUCUUACUCUGUGAUAUUUUGAUCGCCGAUGUGGAACAAAGUGACAUUUCAACUCAUCGUAAACACAGAUCUGGGAAAAGCCGAAAGCAGUAUUAGUCUUAUUAUUAUCAAGCUAUUUUAUACAUAUUUCUCAUGGUACAUUGCUUAUAAUUAUGAAAAUGUAUUUUUACUGUAGUUACUUUAAAAUUGCCUUGUAACUCUCUCACAAAAGGAAUAACUGUGAUACCACAUGGAGAGAGGGGAUUGAGGUUUUAUUAAAAACUGAUCAUGUUUUGUUAAACGUGAAGGACUGAGCAAUUAUCAAAAAGUGUGACAAAAAUGUAAAUUAAGCUUUGUUGGAAAUUAAUCAUUCCAUUUUUGCAUAUAGUGUUGUGUAAUCUAUUGUAGUCGAUUUUAGUACUCUUGUUAUGUUUUUUGUUUUAAGUGUCUAUAAUUUUGUUUCAUACAUUGUAAGAAUAUCAGUUCUGCUUAACUAUGAAAACUUAAUUGCUUAAAAUGUGUUCUGCUCUAACUCAUGGUUCUUUUGGCUUGGCUUGUUUGUACAGAAUACGCUUAAACUGACAUUUUAUUUAUUGUUUGUUUAUGGAUACUGUAUCCUGACAAAGAUAACUGUAAUUACAUUAUAAUUGUAUGUAUACCAACUCAAUUAUUCACAUUUAAAAAAGGUUCAUGAGAGAAUCGUAUUAUUGCUCCUUUAUAAACAAAUAAUUCCAAAAUUAUUUCCACAGGUCACUCUUUACUGAAGGGAUGAGGUGGACAUCAAACUUUGAGAUUUCAUUUCUUUGAUGCUGUUAUAAUGUUUAUUCUAAAUGAACCAACUAUUAAAACAUUUUAGAACUAAA